GCUUCUGCCAAGUGACAACUAAUCAGCAAUUAAACUGAACUAAGAUCGCAACCAUACCAAGCCAAUCCAAUCCGAAUAAUCCGACCCAAUACAGAACAAACUGAGAACCAAGUGCGUGAGUGCCAGUUGAAUCCAUCGCAUCUGCAUGCCACGCUUGCAGCCACAGGACACGCAAGCUCAAGCGGACUCCGAUCGCAGUUAAAUAAUCAUUAGUGAAAGGUCCAUCUGCAGCUUCACAAUCCGGCAAUCGGUCUAGUAAUCAGCAGCCAGAAGGAGCAGCGCAUCGCAUCGUAACGCAUCCUUAGUUUCGGUGGGCCAGGCCGCCAGAAAGCCGUCAAAAUACGAAAGAAGGUGACCUCGAAGAAGGCCAGCGUUGUGUCGGUUGACGACGAUCACAACAACAACAACAACCACAACAACGACCACAACGCUCGGCAGCCCAAGAACCCAGCAAGCACAAGCACACCCACACCAAUAGGAACACCCAUAGCCACGCCCACGUCCACGCCCGGUGACCCAGAGCAGGAGUGCCCACAGCCCAGGAGCAACCCGAUCCACAGCCAGAACCAGACACCCAUCGAGAUGGACGACACACAGCACUUCUGUCUGCGCUGGAACAACUACCAGAGCAGCAUAACCUCGGCGUUCGAGAAUCUGCGCGACGACGAGGCCUUCGUGGAUGUGACCCUCGCCUGCGAGGGACGCAGCAUCAAGGCACACCGCGUCGUCCUCUCCGCCUGCAGUCCCUACUUCCGCGAGCUGCUCAAGAGCACACCCUGCAAACACCCGGUCAUACUGCUGCAGGAUGUCAACUUCAUGGACCUGCACGCCCUGGUGGAGUUCAUCUACCACGGCGAGGUCAACGUGCACCAGAAGUCCCUGCAGUCCUUCCUCAAGACCGCCGAAGUUCUGCGCGUCUCGGGACUCACGCAGCAGCAGGCAGAGGACACACACAGCCAUCUGGCUCAGAUACAGAACCUGGCCAAUUCCGGCGGCCGCACGCCGCUCAACACGCUCACCCACUCGCUCCCACAUCCGCACCAUGGCUCGCUGCAUGACGACGGCGGCUCCUCGACCCUCUUCAGUCGCCAGGGAGCGGGCUCACCACCGCCGACGGCGGUGCCCUCGCUGCCCUCGCACAUCAACAACCAGCUGCUGAAGCGCAUGGCCAUGAUGCACCGCAGCAGUGCCGCCGCCGCCGCCGAGGAGACCUCCCACGCCCUCAAGCGUCUGCGCGGCUCGGACAAUGGCCUGCCACUGUCCGGCGCCGUUGGCAGUGGCAGCAACAACAACAGCCCCGACUUGCCGCCGCUCCAUGCGCGCAGCGCCUCGCCCCAGCAGACUCCGGCCGACUUCAGUACGAUCAAGCACCACAACAACAACAACACGCCGCCGCUGAAGGAGGAGAAGCGUAACGGACCCACAGGCAACGGAAACUCUGGCAACGGCAAUGGCAAUGGCAACGGAGCGAGCAACGGCAACGGAAUCUCCAUCAGCGACAAGCUGGGCAGCCUCACACCCUCGCCGCUGGCUCGAGCGGGCGCCGAUGACGUUAAGUCGGAGCCCAUGGAGCUGGUAUGCUCCAACAACAAUGCCAACGCUAACGACGAGCACAGCAAUGACUCCACCGGCGAGCACGAUGCCAAUCGCUCCAGUAGCGGCGACGGCGGCAAGGGAUCCCUGAGCUCCGGAAACGACGAAGAGAUCGGCGACGGACUCGCCUCCCAUCAUGCCGCCCCUCAGUUCAUCAUGUCGCCGGCGGAGAACAAGAUGUUCCAUGCAGCCGCCUUCAACUUUCCCAAUAUCGAUCCCUCAGCGUUGCUAGGUCUCAACACACAGUUGCAGCAGUCCGGUGACCUCGCCGUGUCCCCUCAAGGUGGCAGCACCGGCAGCCUACUCAGUGGCGUCAUUGUGCCCGGCGGUAGUGGUGGCACCCCUAGUAAUAGUAGUAGCAACAACAACAACAACAGCAACAAUCAACAACAAAAAGUAGAACAACAGUCAUCACCACACCAACUCCUCCAACAACAACAUCAUUCCACACCACAUACCAACAGUCCACAACUGAAGCAGGAACAACCGAAGUCGGGCGGCGGGAGCUGCAAGUCCAGCGACCUGCACAUUGCAGCGGGCAGUGAGCGCAGCCUCUCCCGAUCCUCCCAAGGAAUGCCAGACGCCGGCGGGCACAGUGCCACGCCCUCUCCCACCGCCGCCUACCACAAGCGCGAGAGGGAGCGCGAAAGAGAGCGCGAACGGGAGCGGGAGCGCGAGCGGGAACGCUCGCUCGACCAUGAGCGCGACUUGGAGAGACCAGGCGGCACCGGAUCGCCACCACCGCCGCCGCCGUCGCAUCACUCACAUUUCGGCCAGCACCCACUGUCGCUGCUGCCCAGCCACCACCAGCUGCACGCGACCCACCACGAGCUGAGCGCCGCCGCCGCCCACCAUGCUCACGCCCACGCGCAUGCCGCCCACGCCCAUGCCUUAGCACGCGCCGGAUCGCCAAUGGAGCACCACCACCUGUUGCACCACAGACGCGCCUCGCUUUCCCCCUCGGGGGCCGUUUCCUCGGCCAGCGGAGCGGGUGGACGCGGAGGCGGCGCUGGCGGACCGGGCGGACCCGGCGGCAGCCUGCUGUCAUCUGUGCGCGCCCAGGACGUGGCACAGGCCAAUAGACUCCUUCUGCCCCUGCCCCUCAACGCCUGCCACCGGUGCGACGUGUGCGGCAAACUGCUGAGCACCAAGCUCACGCUGAAGCGCCACAAGGAGCAGCAGCACCUGCAGCCGCUGAACAACGCCGUGUGCAACCUGUGCCACAAGGUCUUCCGCACGCUGAACUCGCUGAACAACCACAAGAGCAUCUAUCAUCGCCGCCAGAAGAACCACCACUCGUAUUUCCACCACGGCGCCGGUGUGAGCCAAGCGGGCAGUCCGGGCAGUCGGCUGCAUCAGUCGCUCAGUUCGUUGAGCGCAGCAGCAGCGGCGGCCAACAAUAGCGUUAAUGUAGGCGGUGGAUCGGUAGGCGGGGCCGGGGGCAAUGCAGUGGCUGCUGCUGCAGCCGCAGCUGCCGCGGCGGCCGAACUGCUUCUCUCUCCGAUCGUUGGCGCCGCUGCCGUGGCCGGGGGUACGGCCAGCUCCACGCUCCAGCUGGCGGCGGCGCACCAGCAGCAGCAGCAACAGUCGUCGCCGGGCAUUGUCAAACCGUGCAUGGACUUCUUAUAAGAUCAGCAGCAACUCUUGCAGCAGCUGUUCCACGUGGCGCUCAACAACUCCGCGGCGGCAGCGGCGGCUGCAGCGGCAGCAGCUGCGGCGGGUGGAUCGGGAGGGGGCCCAGGCGGAGUGGGAGCUGGGCCGGAGUCAAUCAACGGAGGCGGACAGGAGUACGGAGGAGUGCAGGGGCCGAGUGGCACGCCCACUGUCGAUCUCACCCAGCUGGAGCACUCGGCUGGAGGCGGUGGAUUCUCAGCCGCCGCCGCCCUGCAGCACCACCUGCCACACCACCUAGCACACCAGCAUCCGAUGUCCCACCAGCAUCCCCACCAGCUGACACACCAGCACCCGCACCCCCAUCCGCACCAGCAUCCAUAUGAACGCAUGAAUUUACUAGACCAAUAAGCGAGGCGCCAGAAAGUAUGCUACGAAUGAUGAUCGGGCACCAGACACACGCACACGCGCACAUGAAGGCACACACACACACACGACGGAGGAGACGGACGGGAGGAGGAAGCGAGGAGGAGAAGAAGGAGGAGGAGGAGAAGAACCGACCGAACGAAAAAGGAGCAGAGGGAGAUUAGGACUAUACUACGACCACGUAGACAUUUCAAUUUCGGAUCUCACAGAACGGAAAAUUCAAAGACUUUUUCGGCCAGAAAGAAAACGAAAGAAAACUAAAAUACAAUGGCGAACAUCGAGAUAAAGCAAUGAUGAAAGCGCAAGCAAGGAGAGGAAAGGAAGACAAAAACAUUUUUAGGCAAAUGGAAAAACUGUGAUUAUUUACGACUUGAUUAUAAAGCAAGCAAAAACAAAGGUCUUUUACGAUAAAGCUAUAUAUGUAUAUGUAGCUAUAUACAAGCAUAAUGCACACACCGACACACACACGCACACUCAUUCAGAUCGCGCUGGAAUCGGACUCGUAUACAUAUAAGGAUUUUUUUUGACCAUCCCAAAUUGGGAUGCGAAUAGAGUUUGUCACUAAACACUAGAUUAGGAGAAGCAGCGCUCCAUCGCUUGGAGCCUGGAGCACAGGAUAGAAGACUGUAAACAAUGCCACAUGCCACAUGUCCAUCCUCAUGCUCAUGCCCACCCCACACACGCCCCUGAGUAUUACCCAAUAAAUGCGCUGAAUGCCAUCACCCAUCGUCACCCCGGCUCUGAAUCUGAAUGUGAAUCCGAUCCUAUCUUAUCAGAUCAUAUCAUCAUAUCGAUGUGGGCGGGGAUGCAGCCGGGGAUCACACUGAAUUGCAACCUCUCCCGAUUUGUACAGCAUUCAUAUAACUAUUCUAUCUUCCUCACCACUGCACACUCAUGAACAGAAAAACAACAAACAACCAAUGCAUAUAUAUAUUUUUUUUUUGUUUUUUUGAUAUGAUUGUAAGAUACGAGAUAUAUAUAUAGAUAUAUAUAUAUAUAUAUACACAGAUAUAUAUACAUAAACAUAUGUGUACAUUUAGCAGCCACUAAAUAUUCAUCAAAUGAGUAGCAAGGUCAAUGUAAAAACCGCAACAAUGUAAACCUAGCCCUAAGUGAACGAGUGUGUAAUACGAUUUUUUUUACUUAUCUACAACUAAGAGCGUUGCUCCUAAGAAACCACACACGAGUAUACAUAAAUACAUAAUACAUUUGUAAAUGUAUUUGCAUAACUAUGAGACGAAUACGAUAUGAAUACGAUAUGAAUAUAACUAAGACUAUGACUCAGCAUAACGCAUACGCAGCAAAGCAUAAAUCAAUUUCGAGAUGAAAGUCGGGUGGGCGGAGAUCUUGGAUCGUGAUCGUGUAUAGGUGGAAAUAGCACUGAGUGGAGUUAACCAGAUGAGUAAGUCGUGCGCGUUUCGAAGCUUGGGAAGUGGAUGGGAGUAACGGGGACCAGGACUGACUAGUGUUAAACUCAACCGAAGGGGGCGAUGAGCACUCAUCGAUAAACGUUAGCUUAUAUGUAUGUAGCUGAAACUCGACAAGGAACAAUUUAAUUGACGGUCCCCAGUUGAAGUGUCGGCACUUAUGGUACGUACUAUACUAUGCUUUCCAAUUGGCACACUUUGCGACUCAAAAUGUAUAAUCAAAAUUAGCGACCAGAUAUAUGUAUGAAUGUAGAUGAUGAUGGUUUACUUUGCUUCCAGCACACCUUAACUUAAUUUGAAGACUGAUCACUCGAAGUAGAACUUUGAAGGGGGGCGAGGUUUAGAACUAGAACAGGCCGUAUCAAGUGGUCUCAGGCAAAGAAACCGCAGGAAACGACACUAUUUUUUUAGGCGCGUGCAAUUUCAUCUUGGGUUUUUCGUUGGGGUGCCCAUUAGCUUUGGGAUAGCGAUAGAAAGGAUAGUAGCCUUAGUUAAAGGUCAGGACCAAAUGACCGAUAGUAUCUACAUAUAUGAAGAUAGAAAGAGAGCGCGAGACAGUGAUGAGGAGAGGAGUGGAAGUGGAAAAAAGUUUGAGCGCUGAUACGUUGUAUGCGAGUAUAGUCGAAUUUUAUAUUUUAUACAACCUAUUAUAAUUAACUCUUAAUGUAACUCACCCACGCAUAAUCUAGGCGCAUGGCGAAAUUCUCAAUUUCCCCAAUGUAUGUAUUUUUUUUUCUUGCUUCUUUUGGCAAACGAAAAGUCUGAAAAGUUGAUUAAGUUGAAUCAUCUACGUUUUGAUACCAAAAUUCGAUUUACAUAGCUUAUGCACGUACGACUACUUUAAGUUCACCCUACGUACGAGUACACCCGUAACCGUGUCCGUAUCCGUAUCCGUACCCGAAUCUGUAUCUAUCUAUCAAUAAGGAGAACCCUCCGUUUGUUACGCCCCACGCGAUCUGAAAUCGCCAGCUGCAAUGCCAUAUACCCAUAUACAGAGCAUCCGAGUGCUCCGACCUCACCCCCAAAUGUCACCUCGUUUUUAUUAUAUUCAAUAAAUGUGGAAUUUGUAAAUCCAGA